GUAUAACAUCCGUGAUGACAAGAGAACUUGAAACAAAUUAACUGUGUCAAACUAAAGGAACCUAGAAAAGGAAUAUCGUUGUGAUUCUUUUCACUCUACGGAUAGAAUGAUGUAAUGUCUCAAGUUCAAGGCUACAGAAAAUGGUUCGAGUCUGUGACGUAACAAUGGACAUUCCUAAUUGUGGACACUUGGUGGACACUGCCCAUUGGACAUGUCAGGAAUGGAAGUGCAAAGUACAUAAAGAGGACAAUGGUCAAUUCAUCGGACGGAGUUUUGGGCCGGGAUUAAUAUUUGGUGAAUGCAUUACGUUUACGCGUUAGAGAUGGAUGGGCCAGGUCGUAGCAUCAUGUCACCUGACUCAUCCGUCAACCAAUGACUUCUUGUCAAGUUCAAAGUGAAGUAUUAUACUGAAAGUGACUUUGAAGACUAAUUAAGCCUACGUUAAAAACCGGAGGUAGACUUGAUACAGGUCUGUCUAGGGAUCAGAACAAAACUGGCACCUUUACGUCUCAUAUGGAUCUACUGGCUCUAGUCAUAGUAUAGCCUCGAAAAUCUGGACACAAGUGUAGGCAUGUAACACCAGCAUUUGUUUAGUGAACCAUAUGACAUUCCAUAAAGUGUAGGCAUGUAACACCAACAUUUGUUUAGUGAACCAUAUGACAUUCCAUUAAGUGUAGGCAUGUAACACCAACAUUUGUUUAGUAAACCAUAUGACAUUCCAUUAAGUGUAGGCAUGUAACACCAGCAUUUGUUUAGUGAACCAUAUGACAUUCCAUAAAGUGUAGGCAUGUAACACCAACAUUUGUUUAGUGAACCAUAUGACAUUCCAUAAAGUGUAGGCAUGUAACACCAACAUUUGUUUAGUGAAUGUCAGCGCAACAUGAUAGACAGAGUGUUUGACUCAAAUCAACGCGGAUGUGACGUCAGAGAUGGUAGGCAAACACUGUCCGACUCUGUCCACCAGACGAACUCGGACUACGCCAUUCCCCUCCCUGUCCGAAAGUCUACCCCCACCACCCCUGACACACUGAGUCCGACUUACCAUCUGUUACCCCGCCUCGGCCCAAGCGAUCUCUUCUGCUUGACAGCGGUAAUCCUGACUACCCUCGGGCAAAACCUUCUACCUUGGGCCCCCCACCCCUCGAGAUGAACAAGUCUACCGAGAGGGCGACAUUGAGGUAUGAGCCCGGCACACGAGUCCCCCUGUCUUACCUAGUCGAGGGCCGCUGUGGGACACGAAUGAAUGAACCCAUGAGUGACAGGUUCACCCAAUCAGUGAUAGGUUCUAAUAUUAAUAUUGAAACCAGUUUGUGGAAUGAAAAUGUUCGAUUAACCGAGUCAGACGUCGCCAGUAAUUUCAAAGGCUCGCUAAGUGCAAGCCACGUGACUGGUUCAAAAUGUCAACAAACUGAAGUAAACAAAAGACGAGAAGUGGUAGACAAGACUUACAGCCGCUCUGACCCAGCCACAAACAUUUCCGCUAGACUUGUGCCAAACAGGACCACGGGAUUGGUCGUAUCACGGCAGAGCCACACAAACGAGUGUGGGGAAACAUUCAAUGAACGGGGAUUUCCCGUCACUGUCGCCAGCCAAGUUGCGGGCGCUAUCUUCCCGUCUAAUGGCGUUAGCUACAAUACCCCACUUCACACACAGGAGAGGACUACUUUUAAUGGGAGGCGAUUCUUGGAUAAAACUGAAGUGUCUGUUCAAGAUGUGUUUUUGUUGGAGAGUGGCGCCAGUUGCGAUCUUUCCACUGAAUUCUCUCAUCUAGCUGAGUACAAACAUGCGACUGAACAUUGGGAGCAUUUCAGUGGAGAACAAAAUGAUUCGUUCAACUCUCUUCACUCUCAGAACUUGAAACUCACAAAACGUGCAGUCUUCAAACGUGAAGGGGAUUCAGUUCGACUUUUGAUUCUAGAAGACUGCCAGGAACACAACGAUGAUUCGGGUGUAGCCUCAGAUAACGAAACAAUUCCAGUGUCAGACAAUUUUAAUUCAAAAUAUGUAGAAGAGAGUCGUCAGCACGGUCUAAGCAGUUUGUCUAAAAUACCUUCGCUUUUAAGAGGUUCAUUCACAGGAAGGUCUAAACAUAAGUCUAGAGUCCCAGGACAAACUUCGUCGUCACCAAGCCUGAUUCAAAUCAAUAACUUUGAUCAUCAGUCCAACAAGAACCGUAGAAAUAGAUGGCAUAAUCUUCAGUUCCAUGCUUCAGUUCUCGGACACCCAGUCAGCGGUCAGCAAGAGGAGGCAAUCAACGAGGAAUUAAAUCCUCGUUUACCCGCUGACCUUCGUGUCAUUGACAGGUCGAGAGUGACCAGAGACCAGACAUUGAAAGCUUCAGUCAAACGAGACGAGCAAACGAUCAAGAAUGACCUACUUGACCAAAUAGAUGUCACCAGGUCUGCGGAGAUCAAAAGCAUUCUGCUGAACAAAGAGAACUGUUCGCGGGGGAAACCUGGACAUAAAGUCAACAACGUACAAUUUAGUGACCAUACCGUACAGUUUAGUGACCAUACCGUACUGUCGACGUCCAGCGCGCUACAGCCACCAGACCACGGCACCGUUACUGCGAGACCAAACAGAGCGAUUCUAGACCACACCAGCGCUAAUCCUAGCUCCACGGGACCACAUAAAGAUAUUAUAGACAGGAGAAAGUACAUCAUAAAACCUCGGGAGAUUGUUUUAAGUCAUCCUAAAGGGAGUCAAGUCGAUAGUCAUCCUAGAGAGAGUGGAAGAGGCUCGCCUUCCUCUUGCUUUCAUGAUGGUAAGGAAGUGACUGACCUAUCACUUCAGAGUUCCAUCUCCGUACAAGAUACCAGUGGAGAAAAGAUUUGGACUAGCCACAAUUGGUUCAACACAUCAUCAGUAGAAAAUUGGAAGUUUUCUCCACGUCCGCCGGUGUUAAGUUUAUUAGAACAUACUCCAUCACAGACUAAACAGUUAGAAAGUAACAUUCCAUCUGAUCACUUGUCACAACAAUGUGGUCAAGAGAGUAAAGUCACACCUCGACAACAAUUUGAAAGACGUCACAAUAAAGGGGAUGAGAAAGUACAAGCUCAGAUCGACUCUUUGCAACAGAUCAAAAGCACUGAUCAGAGAGACGUCUCUACUAAGGUGACACUGUACGACCAUAAAGAAUCUCCCAGAGCCAGGUUUGAGAGGGACAGGGCUGCAAGGACACAAGCUGUAACUGCUGGAAAUAAAGAAAACUUGAAUCUUAAAUAUGCGAGUGAUUCAAAUACGGAGAUAGAUUCAGAACUUCUGAAAAAUUCUUUCUCAACACCAACAUUGGUACCACCGCCCCUUCCACCAAGAGUCAAAUUAGUGAGCGAGACAUUUCAAAACAGUAACUGUCUGGAGACGGACGUUCUUACUUCUCAUAUUUCUGAGACUCCUCUAGGCUCAAGACAGUCCACCUUUAGCUCUAACAAUGAAAACAAUGUUUCUAAAUCUUUAGUCCAUGAAACUUCCAUCAGCCGUACAACAAGUAGGCAGACAGACAGCCACUGUGUAACUGCUAACAUCCAACACAGUCCAAAACAAGAGUCUCAUCCCCUCAGCUUCCAGACGUCUGUUAUCGGGAAACUUGUUCAAGUCUCAGACAUUGCAAAGCACAACGAAUAUCUUCGCCAGGUCUUGAACCAUUCCUCAGUACACCAGCUGCGUCUUCUGUUUGCUGACGAUCAAGAUUUGUGCUCUUCACUGACAUCUCUAAGUAGCUGUCAACAAGAGAGUUUGACCUCGGUUUCCCAAUUCUCAUCAGAAAACAGACCCCCCCAUUCUAGAGACAAUCAACACGGUAUCGACACUUGUCCAGCAGCACGAAAUGAUCACAUCUCCGAACAAUAUUUUGAGUCACAUCAAAAACUCUCCUCAAAGUGGAUCAGGUCAGACUCACAGACUGAAGUUCAUAAUUACAACAUUCUAAAUACAGCACGUCAUUGUGGCACUCAGAGUGAAUGUUGUGUAAUUAGUGCACAGACAAAAACUGAUCACAGUCCACCGGAUAGAUUUCCCGUUCCCUCUAGGGACACAAACUCUAUAUUGUCAUCUGUACUAAAGAAAUCUGGUGCUGACAGCAUUAGUUCUCUUGUAGUGACUGAAGCAGAGGAGGAAAUGUUAGCAUCUAAAGGAAUCAGAAUUUAUGAAAGUGUGAAUGAUUAUGUUCAGAUGGUCAGGUCACCGCUGCACAAAUCCCUCUCAUCCCCUCAGUUCGUAUGGGAGGGCAAUACCUACCUCAUCGUCCCUACCGUUGUGGAAGACAGGACAUUGGCAGAGCCGCCUCGAUUCAAUAAUGUUAACUUACUUGAUUUCAUGGCUCACAGAAGCAUCAGUGACAGCGGUGGCCAGUGUCAAGUUAAACCCGAUAACACACUGUCCAUGUCAAAUGAUCAUGCCACCUACGUGACAAUGACAUCGUCCCUGGACAAAAAACUAAGUGCCAACCAUAGGGCUAUGUCUGUGGAAGUUCUUUGUACACCAGGAGCGAGCAACGUCAAAAUCGUUCCAGAGGCUAACACACAAGAACGUGGCUAUGUGGAGUGGAGAACUUGUUCUGGUUGGCUGGGUAGAACUGACCUGAAACCCACCGCUCAGACUAGGAACUCUCGUGGUUAUGUUGACUGGGAUACUAUCUGGGCACCAAGUCCAGGGAACAAGUCUAGUCACAAGGAAGAGGACCAUGUCUAUGACGUUAUUGGUGAGGAGUUAAACCAAACGUUUGUAAAUAGUAAAUCAACCACAUUUAUUGGAAACAAUAAAGACCAUAGUGCAACUGUCCUUGAUAUCCCACCAACACUUCCGGUUGAUAUCCCUCCAGCACUUCCGGAGAGAACUUACAUCAGCAGACUUAAACUUCGAUCUAACUCGCACCAUAGUGACAGUCCCAACAGUCCAGGUCAUAGUGACUGUGGGUCAUUCUCACCUAGGCUCGGUCACUCCAGCUGUCAUUGCAAGUCGCAUGGCAGGAAACACCACCAUCACCAUCAACACCGUCACCAUCACCACCACAUUAAGCCGCUCAGCAAACCUCCGCCCCCUGCACCCAGAGAACAGCAAGACUCCAUCCCGCCCCCACAGCCUGUUUUCGUCAAACAGGAAGUGAUGUCACCCCACAGUUACAACUACGCAGAAGUGAACAAACUUAAAGGCUACACAUUCGCUCACUCCACACCCCCUUCUGAUGCGCCGCCGAAACCGCACCGACCCGAACAUUCCGCCGUCUCAUCGGAAAACUACUGGCGUUUGGCACCGGUGACAUCAGCAGAGAGUAUGACGUCGUGGGAGUCGGGUGACGUAUUGGAUUACAUCGAUGGUCUACACGACGCCAUGGCGUCCAAAAGAAGGGAAAACAUUUACAUCUUGCUCAACAAUAAGAAAACUCGCGCCAAAUUUUCGGAAUCCUUGGAGAUUGAGUCUCGACUGUUGAGCCGCGGACUUCUUUCUAACGUGACAUCACUUAGUCCAACAACACUUGCUGAUUCAAAGCCAGCACUUUCUAAACCUGGCUUAAUAAGAAGAAAAGGUGCUAUAGCACCCGUAUCAUCCACAUAUGUAUAAACCUGACCUGAUCUAAAGAAAAGGUGCUAUAGCACUCGUAUCAUCCACAUAUGUAUAAACCUGACCUGAUCUAAAGGAAAGGUGCUAUAGCACUCGUAUCAUCCACAUAUGUAUAAACCUGACCUGAUCUAAAGGAAAGGUGCUAUAGCACUCGUAUCAUCCACAUAUGUAUAAACUUGGCCUGAUCUAAAGGAAAGGUGCUAUAGCACUCGUAUCAUCCACAUAUGUAUAAACUUAGCCUGAUCUAAAUGAAAGGUGCUAUAGCACUCGUAUCAUCCACAUAUGUAUAAACUUAGCCUGAUCUAAAUGAAAGGUGCUAUAGCACUCGUAUCAUCCACAUAUGUAUAAACUUGGCCUGAUCUAAAGGAAAGGUGCUAUAGCACUCGUAUCAUCCACAUAUGUAUAAACUUGGCCUGAUCUAAAGGAAAGGUGCUAUAGCACUCGUAUCAUCCACAUAUGUAUAAACUUGGCCUGAUCUAAAGGAAAGGUGCUAUAGCACUCGUAUCAUCCACAUAUGUAUACACUUGGCCUGAUCUAAAGGAAAGGUGCUAUAGCACUCGUAUCAUCCACAUAUGUAUAAAGACCUCAAGGUGUAUCACUUCCCUGACUUUGACCGUUACCUCAGUUGUACUGCAAUCUAUUCUACUUCGAUCUGCACUUAUCUCCCAUGCUAUUUAUUGUACUUGGAUAUGCACUUAUCUCCCCUGCUAUUUAUUGUACUUGGAUAUGCACUUAUCUCCCCUGCUAUCUAUUGUACUUGGAUAUGCACUUAUCUCCCUGAUCUGCUGGCUCUGUAUUUCAAUGAAAUUUCUAUUUUCAAAGGAACUCUUUCUUUAGUUCUACAUUCUGCAUUUCAUUUUACAUUUAAUUUUUUAGAUCUUUUGUGUUUUUUUUAAAGUUUUUCAUUAAAAAAAACAACAAUGAUGACUGCACAAUGGACUAGCACUAGACUAUGGAAUGGAAAAGGGUAAGGUCUAGUAAGAUUGUGUUUGGUCUAUUCUUCUAUAUAAAGAAUGCAUAAACAAGACUUUCUUCAUUCUCUUAUUUGAUUGUUUAUUAACAAAGUCUUGCCUUUUUGCUAUUAGUUAUAAUUUUAUUUUGGUUGCUCUACAGGAACAUCUAACUAUCAAAGUUUUUCUCUGUCUUCGUUAGUUGAUUAAUGUUUGAUCUUUUCAAAGGAAGAGAUUACCAGGCGCAAUACACAAUUUUGUGUAUCUGCAUUUCUUCUUGAAUUUGACAGAAACUUGCGAGUCUAGUUGCUUGUUGCAUGCUUACACUGCGAGUCUAGUUGCUUGUUGCAUGUUUACCUACAACUUUUGAUAACAUUCAAACGACGAAGACGUUCUCCUUUGUCUAAAGUGCAUCCAUCUUGUGUCAACUAUUCAUUAGAACCUAAGCACAAAGUUCACUUUGUUGGCCUUGUUCUCUCCCCUUGUUUGACACGAUGGAAAGUUUCAGGAUUUAUGUUCGUGUCUGACUGUAAGUCAGUCUAGCCUGGUGACCUCAAUAACAUCUGCUCUAGGACACGGCUGGGAGAGGCCAGACUACUUCUGCGUUGGCCUAUCACUUACUGCGCUCUUUAAAACUGUCAACUAUUUGAAUGACAUUGUUUCCUUAGUACAGUUGUAGUGCAUCCUUUGAAGUAACUGUAUGCUUCUCCUAGAAAUCUAUAGAUUCUAUAUCACACACAUAUAUACUAUUAUAUAAACCUUGUGAUUAAUAGCUAAUCUAGCUAUUUCAAUAUUUAGAGAAAGUAUCUAUAUGUGUGUUUACAUUGACAGCUGUAAAUGAGAUGGUUAACAACACAGACCUAUAUAGGUCUAUGGUUUGCCAAUUUACACAUUUUUGUACAUUACUAUUUGUUUCGUUUUGUUAAUUUAUUUUUUUUUAAAACUUUUAUGAUUCAUUAUACCUUUCCCAUUAUUAUUAUGAUUAAAAGCGUUGUAUGUCUUAUGUCUGAUAUGUACGCCAUAUGCAGAGUCACAAUCUUUAUAUGUGAUGACGCACUCCUAUAUAAAGAAACAUUCGUUAGAUACAAUGGAAGUAUUAGUAUUCGGGUUUCUAUUUGUCCUGUGUGCUUCACUAAAUUAAUACAUUUUUUUCCACGAGGUUUCUAGAAAGAUCCUAGCUGAUAGAGCAUGCGUCACGGCUACAAUGGUACACACUUAACGGUGUAUUCUGGGAACUAUUUGGUUUGGUUUGCUCGCGACAUUCGUGUCAUGCAAUGUUUGUCUAUGCGUUUAUUUGCAGCCCGUUUAUCUGCAUUUAGAAAAUGAAGUUGAGUUGACGAGUUCCUCUACUCACAUUUAACUCGUGUCGAGAAAACUUUGUACAAACAUCUUUCUUGAUCUCAGUAGUAGAAGAGGGGGGGGGGCGAGGAAAGAAGGGAAAGAGAGUAGUGUAUACACACACACACACACACACACAUAUAUAUAUAUAUAUAUAUAUAUAUAUAUAUAUAUAUAUAUAUAUAUAUAUAUAUACUCUGCAUAAACAGUAUAAACACAUACGCACUAAAUUGUCAUUUGUGUCACCAGGGAAACACAACAAAUAGCUAUGUCACUUUAUUUCAAUAUCCCUGAAAUUUGACAGGUUGCGUAAAUUGAUCUCUUCAAAAUUAAGUGGGUUUUCUUUGAAAAAAAAAAGUCACCUGUUAAAACAUCAGAGCUAAAUGUCACCGAAGCAUAUCUGGCUAGCAUUAGUUCCGGAUGACUUUUUGUCAGUGAAUGCCAAACCCAACACAGGAUUAUGUGUAGACGUGUUUGUUGACCUCUGUGCACAAAUAUUGAAUAGAAAAUGCUUGUGCAAUUCAGAAGUUGCUGAAUUAUGUAAAAAUAGCAAAUAAAAACAACAACUAUUCUGCGUGUUACUGUGGGAAACUCUAAGUUUCACUACAAAAAAAAAAAAAGAUUCAUUUUGAAAAGGUGGUCAUAAGAAAAGGUUGGCUACAGAACUACUACGUCAACAUAUCUUGAGAAUUGGGUUUUAUUCAAGGAAGUCAUUUCAUUUGAGUUUGUCCAGUGUAAGAUAGACCUAGUUCCACUACAUUCAUUCUCUACCUUAACUUUACAAACUAUAGGUCAUGGACAGAACUCUAAUCAUGUAACAUAACUCUUCAAUCUCAUCUCUUGUCAACACUCUACAUUGUUCUAUCGGCGUAAAAAAUUAUUGCACAAAUCUAAUAACAGACUGCUUCGUGGCGUUAAAGUUAUGAAUUGUUAGACUUGACAUGUUGAAGAAGACCACUGCUAAAAAUGGUUGAAUAUUUCUAUUUGUCAAAUAUUUUCUAUUAUACCAAAUGAUUUAGUCUCUGUGUGUGUGUGUCCGUUCAUUUUUUAAAUGUGUUUCGCAGCUACAUAACACGGACUCAUUAAAACAAAGGAGUCAAAAGGGACAGAUACAAAGAUAUUUGUAUCAAUGAUAGUUUUAUGUGAGAAUAAUUGAAAGAAUCAGAAAAUGUUUGUUUUGAGGUCUGAAAGUGUACUCUAAUUGGAUUUCUUGUGUUCAUCUGUUCAAGUUAUUUUUUGAAGACCAAAAUGUGUAUUUGCUCAAACUGCUGAUUUAUGUCAAUAAAUUUUCUUGUAACUCGAGAAA